AUGAACAAUGAUCGCGUUUCCACAGUAGUAAAAAACCGUAGACCAAAGGUAAAAAACGGUCUUAGCAUUGAGAAUAGAGAGAAAUCCAAGUCUGAUGAUGGAUUUCAUCAUUCUGAUUCUGAUAAAGAUAGUAAUCAUUCUUCUCAUUCUAAUAUGAGUUCAAGUAGCACUACUAAUAUUAGUAGCCAUCCUCUUAGUAGAAAUUCUUCCGUUAAGUCAGACACAGUUGCACGAGUACGACCAAAAUCUUCUUUGGGAAUGUUAACGGAGAAAACAAAAUCGGAUAGUCUUAAUUUGGCUACGGUAGCUGCUAAUAAACAAUUAAAAGCUGAUAGACAGGCGGAAGAAGCGAGAAAGAAUAGAAAGAUUGCAGAUUUGGAAAUCUCAAUAAAAUCAUUGAUGAAAAUCAAUUCAGAGUUAGAUGCAACGAAUAAAAAGCAGGCCAUAGAAAUUCAAGAUUUAGCAAGACGGCUUCAAAUGUACGUCAAUUCAGAAGAAAAUAGGAAAGAGAGUGAUAUUAGAUUUCGUAAAAUAUGCCUAGUAAUAGAUACAUUGAUUCGUGAUGGGAAGAAUGCAUUAGAGUACAAGUCAAAAAUUGGUGGUAGUAGAGUAUUAACCAAUGUACAAUUGGAUAAACAAUUAACACAAUCAUCAGAAUAUGCAGAUGGUAAUUCGUCUCUAAUUACGAAUUCGGGAGUCUGUGUAGUAGACAAUUCGAACAAGCGUCGUAUUCGUAUACAUAGUAUAAUUAAUCAACUUUUAUCACUUGCUAGAUGGGGAGAAGAAAAUAAUAAUAACAACAAUAAUAACAAUAAUUUCUUUUCUGCCUCCCCUUCUUCUAUACCUACAACACCAAAGACACCGGAACCAAAAGGUCUUGGUUUAUUACUUUCUGAUCCUACACCACAUAUUCCACAUAUUCCAAAUUUUACAUAUACCAGUAACGAUGCAAAAAUAUCACGUCGCAGAUCAUCACCUAAUUUCAGAUCAUCUUCGUCAUCAUCAUUUAUUAUUUCUGAUAGAAUGUUGGAUGCCACUAACUCUUCAAUAUCUACUAUUACUACAACUUCUGAUGUUUUGAAGCCUCCCUCAAUAUGGUCUUCAUCAUUAGGAUUCUUAGCACCUUGGAAACAUGAUUAA